AUGGCAAAGUCCAAGCACAACGUCCUCCCCCUCGUCCUCCUGCUUCUCUUCGUCGCCGUCCUCGCUGUCGUCGGAUACGUGGUGUACACUAUCGUGCAGGAUGUCAGCAAGAACACGCGCGAGAAGAUGGAGAAAAAGCACAUGGUUUUCUCCAAGGAUGGUAUGAAGGUGCAGGUUAAGGAAGUCCAGGAUGAGGCGUAUAAGGAUCGAACUCAGAGUGUCCUCGUUAACAUGUGGAAUCACACUUCUUUCCCCGCAUACAAGAGUCGGCUGUGGGAUAUGACCGGCGAACAGAAGAACGCCGAGAAGCGCAAGCCGUAUGCGAUCUAG